AUGACGCGAGUACUGGCCGGUCCAUACUGCACGCAAAUCCUGGGAGAUCUUGGCGCAGAUGUGAUCAAGAUCGAACACCCAACCAGAGGCGAUGACACACGAGCAUGGGGCCCGCCCUACGCACAGUACACCAACGGCGAUUCCGGCCCUGGUGAAAGCGCUUACUACCUAGGCGUAAACCGCAACAAGCGCUCCAUCGGCUUAUCCUUCCAGCAUCCUGCCGGCGUCGAUAUCCUGCACCGGCUGGUCGCACAAUGCGACGUGCUCGUGGAAAACUACCUGCCCGGGUCCCUUGCAAAGUACGCAAUGGACUACGACACCGUCUCCAAGAUCAACCCAGGCCUCAUCUACGCCUCCAUCACGGGAUACGGUCAGACGGGCCCGUAUAGGAAUCGCGCUGGAUACGACGUCAUGGUCGAGGCGGAAAUGGGACUCAUGCACAUUACUGGCUCACGCGAUGGACCGCCUGUGAAGGUCGGUGUUGCCGUCACGGAUCUGACGACGGGGCUGUACACGAGUAACUCCGUCAUGGCGGCGCUUUUGGGCCGGGCUCGCACAGGCAAGGGCCAGCAUAUCGAUGUUGCGCUGAGCGAUUGCCAAGUAGCGACGCUUGCGAACAUUGCGUCCUCGUGUCUGAUCAGUGGGGAAAAGGACACUGGGCGCUGGGGUACGGCGCAUCCGAGUAUUGUACCGUACAAGGCGUUCAAGACUGCUGACGGUGAUAUCCUUCUGGGCGGUGGGAAUGAUCGCCUGUACGGCGUGCUGUGCAACAAGCUGGGGAAACCGGAGUGGAUCACAGAUGAACGGUUCGUCACGAACGCUGUGCGCGUCAAGCACCGAGAUACACUUGAAGAACUCAUCGAGAAAGCGACAAGCCAAAAGACGACAAAGGAAUGGCUCGAGAUCCUGGAAGGCUGCGGGAUGCCGUACGCAGCGAUUAAUGAUGUACAGGGCACGUUGAGCCACGAGCAUGUGCUGGCCAGAGACAUGGUCAAGGAGGUUGAGCACCCUGCGUGCGGGACGAUUAAGAUGGUCAACACGCCGGUCAAGUGGAGUGAUAGCAAGCCAGGGAUCCGGAUGCCACCGCCCACGCUAGGGCAACACACUGAUGAAAUUCUGGGCGAGACGUUGGGAAUGAGUAAAGAUGAGGUCGAGGGGCUGCGGAACGAGGGUGUCAUCGCAUAG